CUCGGCGUCCCAGCCGCGGCCGCCCGGCUCCUCUCCCGUCGUCCUGGUCGUGGUGGUGGUGGUGGGCGAGCGUCGCUGGCUGCGGGGCCGCCUCGGCCAUGGCCCAGGGGGGCGGGGACGGCGCCAAGGCCGCGCUGUCCCUGGACGACGGCGGCGACGACGGGCCCGUGGCGGGGCUCUGGCCGGCCUUCCUGAUGGCCCUGGUGGCCGCCGUCCUCGCCUGGCUGUGGUACGGAGGAGGCGAGAGGAAGGAGGCGGCGGAGGCGGCGAGGGCGGCCGGCCGGGCGGGCGGCCCUCAGAGCGGAGCGGCGCCAGGCGAAGAGCCACUUCAGGGAAGCUACAACUGCCCCGCAUCUGGAACAAAGCCAAACGAUGUGUCCGUCUGUCAGGCACCUGCGCGGAACCCUUCGCUUUCUCCAGGAGAACACAGCAUCCCUAGAGAGACUCCAGAGAUUGAGCCAGUUGUCAAAGAUCCUGUAACCCCCUUGAUGAACUGCAAGGAAUACCCAAGGAAUGAAAUAACCGAAACGCGUGGGACGGGCACUUCCGCCGAAGCCGGUGCCCCUAGCACUACGCCCGAGUUGAAAUGUAGAGAACAGCUGCAGCACAACUCCCUCGAUCAUGAAGAAUGGGAAAUUGUCCCCGAGCAUUCGGCGUGGGGCGACGCCACCAGGAGCAUCAGCGUCGAGGACGCCAGCGGCAGCAAGGACCCGGAACAAGCCAAGCGGGUAGCAGCGGUGUCUCCAAUGCCUCAGACUGUCCACCUGACUUUCCGCGUGCACUACAUCACUUACUCGGAAACGCAGCUGAUAGCCGUCACGGGAGACCACGAGUGUCUGGGCCAGUGGCACCACUACGUGCCGCUCAGGUGCGAAAAGGACGGGUUCUGGUCGGACUCCGUCAUCUUGCCCGUAGACACCAGAGUAGAGUGGAAGUUCAUCGUCGUGGAGAACGGAAAGGUCAGGCGGUGGGAAGAAUGCGACAAUCGAACCCUAAUGACGGAACAUGAGGAUCGGGUGGUCCAUAAGUGGUGGGGAUAUCACUGAACAGGGAGCUCUGCGCAAGCGGAAGGGGCUCUCGUUUUAUUCCAUUUCCCAGUAGGGGACACCAUGCUGCCACCCCCCAUCACUCUGUCUUGGUAUAUCUCUAUGCUGCAUGUCUUGCCAGCACUGCCUUAGAGUAAAAGCCUCUCUCCUCUGGCUAGAAUAGGCUUUAAGAUGUGAGGAGACUUUUCGAAAUGAAGUCAGACCAAAGCCUUUCUAGUAGCAAGCAUUUAAAGGUCCCUAGGAGCUGUGUGUUUAUUUUAAAGCACCCUGCAUAAGAAGCUUUAAAUCUUAAACCUUUGAGAGCGUGUGAACUGUGGAACAGGAGCGGUGUCGUUAAACUGCACUGUAACUGCUAAAAAAACUGUUCUUAACUUAUUGUCAACUGCAAAAGGAAAGCAAUAAAGAUUACUUUUAGACCAGUGUCCUUUAUAUUUUGAG